GUCGUGCCUUUUAAAUAUAUUUGAAUACCUAUAUUUGAAGUCAAGUGACAUUCACAGGUCAUAAUUUACAUAUUAAUGUCGGUACGGCCAAUUUUGUUUAGGCGUUAAUUUUAACGAGUUGCAUUGCGGUUUGUCGAAAGGGAAAAUAAUGUUUAUUUUUAUAUUAGUGUUCGUUCUUUUAAACAUUUCACUGGAUAUUAGUUAUUUUUUACGGACAAUAUUCACAGUUUUCAGUGGUCGAGUGUAUCAAAAGAUAUAUUCCUUAUCUGAUGUUUCUACAAUAUAUGGCAUUUGUACAUUUCUUGAUUGCGAUAUAUGGUUUCGAAAUAUUCGUGAUGCGAGAAUCAUUCGCGAAUUAGACUUCGCUAGGUUCCAUUUUUACGAUAGAACUGGAAUAUUUAGGAGAUCCCGCCAGCUUGGGAUUCAUUCUUUGCAAGGUAGCACUUUGAUGCUAUGUCAGGAACAAAUCCCCUUGUUCAAACCGUACAAGAUAACUACGCAGCUAGUUUACUGGGAUGAUCGUUCAUUAUUCUUGGAACACAAGGUAAUCACGCUGAAUGAUAAUAAAAUAAGAUAUUAUCUUAUAUCUCGUCAAUAUGCACUUCGUGGAACAGAAUACGCGGUUCAACCUCUUCUGAAAUGUCUACCAGGUGAAGAAAAUAAACUGUGUCCUGAGAAUAUAAACAUAUGGUUAAAGGGUAUGAAACUUAGCAGUGACAAAUUGAGAGCAUCAACAUAAAGUGGGACUCAGUAAAAAUUUCGCUAUAUCCUAUCUCUCUUCAUCAAGUGGAACUGAAAGGAGGCUAAUCAUUUCCAGUAUGUCGUAAUUAGUUUUUGUGUCUAUAAGUAUUAUUGAUGUAAGUGGCUUGUUCUGGAAAAUGUUGUAGUUUUUCUUAUAAUUCAUGGACACAAUAAAUAACCUG